AUGACUACCCCAAUAGUCUUAACUACAUCAGUCAACCCAUAUGAUGAAAUAUACGAAAUUACUCAAGAAGUUAAUCACCAGUUGCAAUGGGGAAACCUAAAUGCAGAUAUCAAUCAGAUGGCUCCACUUUCCAUAAUUGACCACGCCAAAGAGCAUGCCCAACUCGUGCAAUUUGAUGAGGAGCUCAACGCAAUAAUUUACGAGGAUCGAGUACUUGAUAAUAACAAUUUGGCCCUAAAAAUAUCUCUGUCUAUGCCCUCUUCAUCUUCUGGCCAUGGCCCGACAAAUUGUCAAAACGCAACAACAAAAAGAACCAAUUAUGGUGUUGAUGGUGAGAACAAGCAUAAAGAAGAGGUUGGAGGACGCCAUUGUUCAACUAAGCCAAAUGAUAUUGUUGACUUGGGGAAUGCAGGAAUAACCAAAAUGCAUUUGGAGAUGAAGACAAUUUUUGCAAGCAAUGAUGGAGGAAGAUGA